CCGAGCCCUGGCUCUCCGGCAGCUGGAGGGUCCCGCUGCGCCUGUUGGGGCUGCACCUCGGACCAGGGCCGCCGCGUCUGCAGCCAUGUCAGGCCGCUCGGUGCCACAUGCCCACCCGGCCACUGCCGAGUACGAAUUUGCCAACCCGAGCCGCCUGGGUGAGCAGCGCUUCGGAGAAGGCCUCCUGCCAGAAGAGAUCCUGACCCCCACCCUCUACCACGGCUACUAUGUCCGGCCCCGGGCAGCCCGAGCCGGGGAGGGGAGCAGGGCAGGGGCCUCUGAGCUUAGGCUCAGUGAGGGCAAGUUCCAGGCAUUUCUGGAUGUGAGCCACUUUACUCCAGAUGAGGUGACCGUGAGGACUGUGGACAACCUGCUGGAGGUGUCUGCCCGCCACCCCCAGCGCCUGGACCGCCACGGCUUCGUGUCCCGAGAGUUCUGCCGCACCUACGUCCUGCCUGCUGAUGUCGACCCCUGGCGGGUCCGAGCUGCUCUCUCCCAUGAUGGCAUCCUUAACCUGGAAGCGCCUCGGGGUGGCCGACAUUUGGACACAGAGGUCAAUGAGGUCUACAUCUCCCUGCUCUCUGCACCUCCAGAUCCAGAGGAAGAGGAGGAGGCAGCCAGUGUUGAGCCCUGAUUGCCACAGAUCCAGCACCCAGCUAAUCCCUUUCUACCUCCUGCAGUGAUACCAGCAGCUACCCACCACCCCAGAGGUAGCAGCAUCUGGGGGAAGAGAAAGGUGCAUGGUCCACAGUGUAUGCUUUGGUCCCUUGGGACAUGUCAUAGCCUUUGGUUUAGUUCUGAGUGGGACUGAAUAAACCCAUAUCUCAGGGU